AGUCAAGGGAAGAGAUGGUAACAACUGACUGUUGUCGUCUUAAAGGAGAUGAAACUCAAAGCAGUCUGAAGACUUAAGAUAAAGUUCUGCCUCAAACAGAACUGAAGUAUUUUAGUUUCAAAUUCAAUUGAAGUGCAAAGUAUUUGUAAGGGCACAUGCUACAAUUACUCCUUCGAUCAUGCUUCUGCUUAGCCUUACCUGGUAUGAGAUGAUUUCUGUUAGCCUGGCAAACGGAGAACCAGCAAUAACUGCUUCUAUUAUGGCACCCAGUGAGCUGCACAUUGUUAAGCAUGACUUUGGAGUUAUUCUCUCCUGGAACAGUAACAUUACGGAAGAAACUAAGACAUAUUAUGUGAAGUAUGUUUUGAUUUAUAAGUUCGAUACAGCUAAGGAAAUAACAGAAAGACUUCAAGAAAAGGAAAAGAUGAUAAGACUUGGGUUACACUCUGGUUUCCAUGCUAAAGUUAAAACACAGCUUCUUUCAAAAGAAUCAGACGACAUUAUAAAGGAGAGUAACUGGACCGAAUUUACUUACAAGGCACCGCCAGUAUAUAUCCAAAAUUUCUCAUGCGUCAUAUAUAACAUUUCCAAUUUAAAUUGUACCUGGGACAUUAAAACAGAAGCUCCUGAGGAUGCUCAGUAUUUUCUUUCCUACAGGCACAGUAGAGAAGAGUUUCAAUGCCAACUAUAUUUAACAAAUGCAAAGAACAAAAACAUUGGAUGUCACAUGAAAGAAGUAUAUUUUAAUCACGCUAAUAAAAUCAGAUUUAAUAUAACUGUAAAGGAACUAAGCAACAGUUCAGAAAACCAUUCUUAUUACAAAAAAUGUAUACCGCAAAGACUAGAGAAACUGAACCCUCCAAUCAAUGUGUCUAUAUCACUUGAAAACAGAAGGAUUAAAAUUAACUGGAAACCACCACCUACUAUUGGUUCAGCAAAAAAAAAUUGCUUUACAUACCAAGUGAAAAUUACAGAUCUAGAGCCCAUAGAUGUUUCCGAAGAGGAAUAUGUGCAUCCAAUUCAUGAUCCAGCAAAACAAUAUGUUAUUCAAGUCAGAGCAAAGAAAACAACAUGUAUAAGUAACAAGUUUUGGAGUGAAUGGAGUGAACCAGUUUUUAUUAAUGAUG